GGAGCCGCGGGGCCAGCGAGCGGAGGAGCAGGUGCUCGGAGCCCAGCCGCGCCAGCGUCGCGCGGCCGCUGCCCAAGUUCGCCUGGGGCCCAAAGAGGGUUCUCCCGGGCAACCGGGGAAGGAGUUUAGCCGGCGUCACGGCCACCGCGAGCUCGGAGUCUCGAGAGGAGAAGGGCGCGCGGAGCAGCGAGUCCGGGUCACCCUCGGGAGGUGUUGGCGGGUCUCCGCAGUCCCCAGCUCUUGUCGCCGCCGGGGCAGAGAAGAGGCGAGAGACAGCAAGGCCGGGCUUUUCUGGAGACGCGAGGCACCUGGGAGAGCCGAGGCGAGAAGCGACACUUCCCUGCGGCUAGCAUCCUUGAAGGGGCCCGGCGGCGAACAGCCUCCCGCAGGACGCCCUGAGAAGCUCUCAGCCCCAGGCGAGAGCGGGAGCCUGGCAGGACUUAGUCGCAGGACUUGGGGAAGCCUAAGCGGGUCUCUGCGGAGCGCAGCCCGGGGAGCAGUGACAAGGAAGGGUCCUGGAGGGGAAGGGAAAGAAGGCGGCAGACGGCAAGGCGACCACUCACCCCCGUACACACCCACCCCGCCCGCCCAGCCAGGAGCCGCGGUGCGCCUCUGGGGGCGCUCGUUCCUUGGCGCCUUCUCUCCCGUGUCCCAGCACCGCUGGGCAACGGGCCGGGCUGGUGGGGUCCCUGGGGAUGUCCAGAUCAGGCAUGGUGGCCGAGUGGCCCUUCUCCCAGGACCAGCGUAAAAGCUGGGGUUAGGCGGGGCAGGGGGGACUCGGCUCAGGGUCCCCCGAGGUCCAGGACGAGGGGAGGCGGGCGCAGCACCCAGGGACUGGAGAGGCGGCUCCCAGUGGGACCCCUCCAGAAGUAGUGCCCGGCGCCGGGCAUCCUCCAGGAAGACCAGGUGCCGGGAGAUCCUGGGAGGCGCUCGGGAGAGGCCACUGCCAGGGGCUGCGGGCUGAGGCGGCGCUGAGCCUCGGGCGGGCGCCCGCGAAGGCGGCAGCGGCGGCGCCGGGCGGGCAUGCCGCGCCACCGGAGCUCCUUUCGGGCGCACGCUUCCCUGGCGCCGGCUGCGCGCGGCUGCCGCUGCUGCUGCUUCCACUGCUGCUGCGGACUCCCAUGGCGGCUCCGCCCGGCCGGGGCCGCCGCCGCUGCUGCCAGCCGCGGGCUGAAUGAAUGAGCCGGAGCGGCGGAGCCGGGCUGCCCGCGGCCGCGCUCACCGGACCGGGACGCUUCCGCAUGGCCCGCGAGGAGCCGGCGCCCGCGGCGUUGGCGGCUGCCGGGCAGCCCGGGGGCGGCAGAGGCAGCGAGCGGGCGCUGCAGGGGCCAGGGGUCGCCCGCAGGGGGCGGCCGUCGCUGAGCCGCGCUAAACUGCACGGGCUGCGGCACAUGUGUGCCGGGCGCACGGCGGCUGGGGGCUCCUUCCAGCGCCGGGCGCUGUGGGUGCUGGCCUUCUGUACAUCCCUCGGCUUGCUGCUGUCCUGGUCCUCGAACCGCUUGCUCUACUGGCUCAGCUUUCCGUCACACACGCGGGUGCACCGCGAGUGGAGCCGCCAGUUACCCUUCCCCGCCGUCACCGUGUGCAACAACAACCCGCUGCGCUUCCCGCGCCUCUCCAAGGGGGACCUCUACUAUGCCGGCCACUGGCUCGGGCUGCUGCUGCCCAACCGCACCGCGCGCCCGCUCGUCAGCGAGCUGCUGCGGGGCGACGAGCCGCGCCGCCAGUGGUUCCGCAAGCUGGCGGACUUCCGCCUCUUCCUGCCGCCGCGCCACUUCGAGGGAAUCAGCGCCGCCUUCAUGGACCGCCUGGGCCACCAGUUGGAGGACAUGCUGCUCUCCUGCAAGUACCGCGGCGAGCUCUGCGGGCCGCACAACUUCUCCUCCGUGUUUACAAAAUAUGGGAAGUGUUACAUGUUUAACUCAGGCGAGGAUGGCAAACCUCUGCUCACCACGGUCAAGGGGGGGACAGGCAACGGGCUGGAGAUCAUGCUGGACAUUCAGCAAGAUGAGUACCUGCCCAUCUGGGGAGAGACAGAGGAAACGACAUUUGAAGCAGGAGUGAAAGUUCAGAUCCACAGUCAGUCUGAGCCACCUUUCAUCCAAGAGCUGGGCUUUGGGGUGGCUCCAGGGUUCCAGACCUUUGUGGCCACACAGGAGCAGAGGCUCACAUACCUGCCCCCACCGUGGGGUGAGUGCCGAUCCUCAGAGAUGGGCCUCGACUUUUUUCCUGUUUACAGCAUCACCGCCUGUAGGAUCGACUGUGAGACCCGCUACAUUGUGGAAAAUUGCAACUGCCGCAUGGUUCACAUGCCAGGGGAUGCCCCUUUCUGUACCCCUGAGCAGCACAAGGAGUGUGCAGAGCCUGCCCUAGGUCUGUUGGCGGAAAAGGACAGCAAUUACUGUCUCUGCAGGACACCCUGCAACCUAACCCGCUACAACAAAGAGCUCUCCAUGGUGAAGAUCCCCAGCAAGACAUCAGCCAAGUACCUUGAGAAGAAAUUUAACAAAUCAGAAAAAUACAUCUCAGAGAACAUCCUUGUUCUGGAUAUAUUUUUUGAAGCUCUCAAUUAUGAGACAAUUGAACAGAAGAAGGCGUAUGAAGUUGCUGCCUUACUUGGUGAUAUUGGUGGUCAGAUGGGAUUGUUCAUUGGUGCUAGUAUCCUUACAAUACUAGAGCUCUUUGAUUAUAUUUAUGAGCUGAUCAAAGAGAAGCUAUUAGACCUGCUUGGCAAAGAGGAGGACGAAGGGAGCCAUGAUGAGAAUGUGAGUACUUGUGACACAAUGCCAAACCACUCUGAAACCAUCAGCCACACUGUGAACGUGCCCCUGCAGACAACCCUGGGGACCUUGGAGGAGAUUGCCUGCUGACACCCCUCGAGCCACCCAGCACCCCCUCCAAACAG